GUGGGAUCAAGGGUGUUCUAUGCACCCAUAGGGGUAUCCCCGACUCGAAGAGUUCUGGAGUGCUCCUUUCUGGUAACAGAAUGCAAUCCAGUGGUCACGAACUCGCGGUCUGGGCGUUGGAAAGGUCUGGAAAGAUGGAAAGUGCGAGGGAACGGCUGCCUCUGACUGCGUUUGCUGCUUCUGGGAUACACGAGGAACCGACUGCUGCAUGCGUGAAGGCGGACAACGUGUUCUCUGACCCCCUUUUUGUUUUUGAGUAAAAAAGCUCCAUUACCAACUUUCGAGGCCUCUUUCUGGAUAAGGUUCGAAGCCCAAGCUCGCUUGACACGGUUUCGAAAGAGCGGCGAACUGAACUCAGAUGAAACCUGUCGUAAACAGCAUCACUGAAAUGAUAGGAUUCGAUGUGUUUCGUGAAAGGUCGAUCCCAAUUUGCAGCGCAUAUCUUAAUAUAAUACCACCUCAUGGGGGUGCAUUAAUGAUUGGAUUAGUUCUGGCCACUUCGACGAUUCGAUCAAGAAAGGACAAGAACCACUGUUCCUUCAUUACCUGAAGCCCACUCGCCUUUGAACGCGUUUACUGUAUCACCUACUCGUUACUAUGGACCAGAUGAUUCACGUCAAUGCCCUCCUUCUCCCCUCUGACGGCCGUCCACCCUCGCUAGUCGAACUUAUGCUGAGUCCCACAAGCCUGCCCACCAUGCAGAUUGGGGGCUAUGCCACUUCUCCCCCGGCCUUCAUGCCACAUCCCGAAGUCUUUAUGGACUACAUUGCUGAUUCCGCUGGCCACCGGGCGUGGAAGUACCAGCUCGUCGAGGCGUUGGAUUGCAUGAACAAGAAGUUUGCCAAUCCAUACAUCGUGUUUUACCCAGUUCUUUCGAGGGAUGGAAUGCCGUUCCCGAUCAACAAGUGUAUCCGAGAUAUGCAAGGGAAAGCGUUCAAGGAGCAGGUUGCAUGGAGGGGAAACAUCGUGGUAGCCAAGUACCGCGACAACCCCUUCACAUCCAUGAUAGAUGCCUCCAUGGCAGACUUUCCUAUCCUCAAAAACUACCUUCUGACCCACGGAUGUCCGCGAACGUAA